GCGCGCCUGCGCAGUGGGCCGCAGAGCCGCCAUGCCGGAGCCGCGCGCUGCGUCGCCGCUGCGGGUGAACUCGGCGUUCGCCGCGCGGUACGGCCGCUACCGGGAGCGCGAGGAGCUGCAGCGCCUGAAGGAUCGCUACGGGGACCGGGACAGCGGCGACGACUCCAGCUCCGAGUCUGACUCAAGCGACGAGCGCGUGGAAUUUGACCCCCAGCAAGAGCGUGACUUUUACAGGACACUCUCCUUGUUGAAGAAGAAGGAUCCCCGAAUUUAUCAGAAAGAUGCCACCUUCUAUCAGAGAACAGCGUCCUCAUCAGAGAGCGAGGAGGAGCCAGCAGCCUCGGAGACCCGGAAGAGAGCGCGGCCCAUGUACUUGAAGGACUACGAGAGGAAGGUCAUCCUGGAGAAGGAAGGCAAAUAUGUUGACGAGGAGAACUCCGACUCGGAGACUUCUGAUCAGAGAUUCCAGCAAACCUCGUCUCAGAGUUACGUGGAAGAACAGAAACAGCUUAAGGAUGGCUUCCGGGCCUUCGUGGAGGACAGUGAGGAUGAGGACAGCGCUGGGGAGGGUGGCUCCGGGCUGCUGCAGAAACGUGCUAAAACCAGGGAGGAGAAGGCGCAGGAGGAAGCUGACUACAUGGAGUGGCUGAAGGGCCACAAAGAGCUUCAGAACCCUGAGUCCUUGGAGGAACUGACCCAUCUCAAGGAAUACUGGAACGACCCAGAGCUGGAGGAGGGGGAGCGAUUCCUGCGGGAUUAUAUCCUCAACAAACGCUACGAGGAGGAGGGAGAUGACGAGGAGGAGGAGGAAGAUGAGGAAGAGGAGGAGGAGAAAGGGGACGCCCGCGUCCAGCUGGCUGUGGACGACUCCUCGGACGAGGGGGAGCUGUUCCUGAAGAAGCAGGAGGACUUUGAGCACAAGUACAACUUCCGCUUCGAGGAGCCCGACUCGGCCUCGGUCAAGACCUACCCGCGCAGCAUCGCGUCCUCCGUGCGCCGCAAGGACGAGCGCAGGAAGGAGAAGAGGGAGCUGACCCGGGAGCGGAAGAAGAGGGAGAAAGCGAAGAAGCGGGAGGAGCUGAAGCAGCUGAAGAACCUGAAGGGGAAGGAGAUCUUGGCCAAGCUGGAGAAGCUGCGCAAGGUCACGGGCAACGACACGCUGGGCUUCGAGGAGGGGGACCUCGAGGACGACUUUGACCCUGCCCGGCACGACCAGCUCAUGCAGAAAUGCUUCGGGGACGAGUACUACGGCGCCGCGGAGGAGGAGAAGCCGCAGUUCGAGGAAGAGGAAGGGCUUGAAGAUGACUGGAACUGGGACACGUGGGACGGGCCAGACCAAGAUGGAGCCUGGAGCCGGCAGGAGCCGCACUGCGAGGACCCCGACUUCAAUAUGGACGCUGACUACGACCCCAGCCAGCAGCGGAAGAAGAAGCGCGAGGCCCCCUCCCUGGGCAAGAAGAAGCGCAAGUCGCCCUUCGCCACGGCCGUGGGGCAGGAAAAGCCGGUGUUUGACCCAGGGGACAAGACGUUCGAGGAGUACCUGGAUGAGUAUUACCGGCUGGACUACGAGGACAUCAUUGACGACCUGCCCUGUCGCUUCAAGUACCGCACUGUGGUGCCCUGCGACUUCGGGCUCAGCACCGAGGAGAUUCUCGCUGCGGACGACAAGGAACUGAACCGGUGGUGCUCCCUGAAGAAGACCUGCAUGUACAGGUCAGAGCAGGAGGAGCUGCAGGACAAGAGGGCGUACAGCCAGAAGGCCCAGAACUCCUGGAAAAAGCAGCAGAUCUUCAAGUCCCUCUGCCCAGAGACAGAGACGCCCACAGAGGCCACAGGGAAGCCACAGAGAGACAAGGCUGUCCCUCGGGAGCAGCUGCCGGUGUCUGAUGGGGCCUGCGGGAAGCGGCCCCGGCCCGAGAGCCCCCCAGCACAGGAAGAGGAGGCCCCCGUGUCACCCACCCAGAAGCCAGCCCCCCAAAGGCGGAAGAGGGGCAAGAAGGCACGGCUGCUGGGCCCCACGGUGACGCUCAGUGGGCGCGAGUUCAGCCGCCAGAGACUGCAGGCCUUCGGGCUCAACCCCAGACGGCUGCACUUCCGCCAGCUGGGCCGGCAGCAGAGGAAGCAGCAGAGGCCCAAGGGUGGCUCCUGAGCACCAGGGCCCCCGGCUCCUCCUUGCAAAUCAAGCCCCGGGACGGAUCCCCUUCCUAGCGAUGAAGACCGUCUGCCAUGUAGAACCUCACGUCUACCUUGGGCAAGCCAGUCAGCCCAUCCUACAGAUGUGGAAACUGAGGCCUACUUCACAAACUUACCCAAGCAACUUGGAAACCUCACCUUGAGACACCUCCUGGACCCCAUGUCCCCUCAGAAUGCUGAGUCCAGCCACAGUCACGUUCAAGUCAAACAGCUUUAUUAGCCCCCGGUAGCCACAGUUCCCCUACGACAGGGGCUUUGGACCAGCCAGGGGCCCGGGCGGUCCAGUGCAAACUACAGUACUUGAGUCAGGCCCUGAGUGGGUGCCAGGGGUCCGCCCUCCCUCUCUGCCCUGCCAGGAGGGCCUGGCUGCUGGGAGGCAGGGGCACAGGCGCUGUCCCUGGCUGAAUGGCCCCAGCCCGGUGGUCUCCUAGACGACUGGUUGCAGCUGGGCUUGUUGGGGGCCGAGAAGAGGAAAUCCCACCACUGCCAGAGUUUGAGUGCCCACACCCACCAUGACAUAAAUAAAAAAAUAAAUAGUGAUGCAUCUUUC